AUGGCUCUAAUUCCUAUUGGUAGAAGAGAAGUUAGAGUUCAAGGUGAUGGCAACUGCUUCUACAGAGCUGUAGCACGAGCGUUAAACGGCAAAACGGAUCAAAAUUAUUCGAAGGUGAGAUCGCUUUGCAACGCCGUGAUAGAAGACUUCCCCCAAGUUUUUCUUCCUUUGCUUUUUACUCAUACAACAGUAGAGGAACAUCUUAAAUGUAGUCGUAAGGACGGUACAUGGGCCGAAACGGCCGACAUUUUUAGUUGCGCCACUGUACUUCAACACACUAUUGUUGUGUAUUCAAUGGCAAAAGAAAAAUGGGUAAAAUUUGACCCUUAUCUCAAGAUUGCGCCUCGGAUGACCGUCAAGCGUUCCUGUGAUUGUCCUAUUACAUUCGUGUUGCAUGAUUUUUUCCCUCAGUGGAGUCACUUCAAUCUGUUAGAAACUGAUGGAGACUGUUGCUCUGCUCCCACGCCAGAAAAUAGUAAAAAAAGUGUAUUCAUUGAUUUGGUUGACCCUUUGGUUGAUAUCGUCCCAUGUGAAUAA